AUGCCGAAGCAAAUCACCGACAUCCGCAAGUUCCUCAAAAUCAGCAGGAAGCCCGACACCACGGCGGUCAUCAUAAUGAAGAAGAAAAGCAAAACGAAGAAAAACACCAUAAUCACCAAACUGAAGCUUAGAACGAAGAGGUAUCUUUACACGAUGGUUUUUUCGGAUAGGAAAAAAGCAGAGCGAAUUGAGAACUCGCUGCUCCCAAGCCUGAAGCGAAUUUACUAUCCCCAGAAGAAGGUCGUACAGGCAUCCAAGAAGAUGAAAUUUAGCAAGGGCUAA